GGCUCUUAAUUUACAGCAAGGAUUUCAAAUGCCUCCUUUGUCUCUGCAGAAAAUUAUUGUAAGGCUAUCCUGUUUUUUCUUUGUUUUUUUUAAUGUUGCAAACAUUAGUGAAGUUUGGCUUCAGAAUAUUCUGGCAACCCUUCCAGCUCUUUCUCUGACUUUCUAAUUACAUAUUUGGUUUCCAGAAACGCUGGCAAAUUAUAUGCAUGAGGAAAAUCAUAGUGUGGAAAGUAUGUACAUUUUGACUUCUCAUAUGUCAGGUGCAUAUUAUAAUCUAGGAUUGACUGAGUGUAUCCCAUAUAUAAUUCAUUAACAACUGCUGGGAAAGACUAUCAUUCGACAGCAGAAUAAUUGUUCAAGGCAACAAGGCCUCUACUACAAUUCCAAAAGCUUCAAUUAAAUUUCUUCAGAGCCAGAACAAGAUAACCAAUCUUUUGAGGGGAGGUCAAUAACGAGAACUUCUUUUACUCCAUCUACAAAACAGACAUUAUUGUAAAACUAAGGGGGUCUUCUUUCACUGUUUUAGUGGUUCCUGGCGCUGUCCUUUUGGGGUGUACUUCCAAGAGGCAGGAUUCAAGCUUGGCACUGAUUUUUUUACUGCCUUUCUGGUGGGCAUGUGAUUUCUCCUUAAAUGUGGAUGACUUCCUAUCUUGUGAGGUUCUUCUUUCCUGGGGUCCUGUGUUUCCCUAGUUUCAGAAAUGAAGGGACUUCUCAGCCAUUACCACUCUCAGAGGUGCAGGCCUUCAAGACAUCACUUCCAUCAUUGGUUCUUCCAAAAGAAAAUGGCCAGGGCCCACAUGCUCUUUUCAAGCUGCUGUCUGGCCGUGAUCCCCAGGGCUUGGAAAGUGAUGUCUCAAGACCACCCCCAGAUUCUAGAGCCCUACACUACAUGAAAAGGGUGUAUAAAAUGUUUGCUACCAAGGAAGGUGUUCUUAAGCCCAACAAAAGCCAUCUCUACAACACUGUCCGCCUUGUCACACCACAUGCUGAAUGCAAGCAUCCCACUACUAAUGGAGAUCUUCAUUCAAUGGACCUGUUUUUCAACUUGGAUUGUGUUACUGCCUCAGAGCACUUACUGAAGUCAGCCAUACUCUUUUCAUUAGAUGACUCUGUUUCUACAGCUUCAAAUCUUACCUGUGUUUGCAACAUGGCUGUUCAAGAAAGUGAUGCCUCCAGUCAAGUGUGCAUCGAUGUUCCACAUGCAAUGGUGUUCAAUCUGGAUUUGGGACGUAGACGCAAAUGGAUUAAGAUUGAUGUGACCACUGUUCUUCACCCCUGGAUAGUCACUAAGAAAAGAAACCUCCAUAUGGCUGUGAAUGUCACCUGCUUGAAAAAUAAACGUUCUCCCAACUCUGAUCAUGGUUUCUUCAACAGGGCACGAAGGUCCCUUUUUCUUCUCCUCUAUACUGUUGACACUAGCGAGCACACUUAUCACAGAUGGAAUUUUUUCCAAGUCAGAAGGAACUUUAUUACAUCGUCUACUCACAAAAAGGGUCUUUUCACAGUUCCCAAGAAAGAGGCCAGGAAAGGCUUUAAACCGGGAAGAGCACCUCGUCACCGAAGAGAAGAAGAUGGGGAAAUGAAAACCACUCCAGUUCCAAUAUUUAACAUAAGUCAGUAUUACAAACAGUUCUCCUUUCCUCAAAAUGAAUGUGAGCUUCACAGCUUUUGGAUGGAAUUCAGUCAACUGAACUGGGACAAAUGGAUAAUUGCACCACACAGGUACAACCCUCACUUUUGCAGAGGUGUCUGUCCAAGAGUUGUUGGUCACCGCUAUGGCUCUCCAGUCCACGCGGUGAUACAGAAUAUUAUGCGGGAGAAACUGGAUUCUUCUGUCCCUGAACUUUCCUGCAUUCCGGCUGACUACAGUCCUUUGAGUGUUUUGAAGGUGGAGGCUGAUAGAUCAAUUGUAUAUCAAGAAUAUCGGAACAUGAUAGUGAAAACUUGUACAUGUCGUUAAAAUUGUGAUGUAAUGAACCUUGUAGUUUGGUAUUUUCCCUUAUUGUGAAUUGCCAAUUAGUUGAAAAAUAAAGUAUGAAGUGCAAA